GUACAUAGACGAUCUCAUCGAGGAAAACAAGCGGCUCAAGGGCCUGCUCGAUGACACGACGAACCCCAAUGCCAGCUCACUCUCGGCGCUUUCGGUCAGCACGGCCCCGUCGCCACGCCGGGACCUGGACGUGCUUGACAGCCCCGAUGUGGCGCGCAACAACACGAGCAACAUCAUGCUCGAGGUUCGGCCCUGGUUCGUCCCAUCGACCGACCAGCAGACCCCCAUUCUCAUCGGCGAGGUGCCGGAUGCCUCGUUUUCGACUCGCUUUCGGCAGGCCAUCUCGGCGCCGCAUGAGCAGCCGUAUAAGCACAUUCCUCGGACGGCCUUCGCCACCGACGAGCGCAUUGCUUGCCUGACCGAGUCUGAAUGCGCGUGGCCGAGUCCUUCGCGCGCACGGUUUCUCGUUGAGGUCGCCCUGCGCUACGUGAGCCGAUGUUACCACAUUGUGCGACGCAGUGUGGUAAUGGAUGCACUCGAGCACAGCAUCCACAAUCCGGCCUGGGGUGAGUCGCUCAUUCGGUGUAAGCUCUGGGGUCUGUUCGCCAUUGGCGAGUUGUAUUCGGCGCGAUCGAUUGCGCCGGGCAAAGACUUUCCUGGGUUGCCGUACUUUGCGAAAGCGAGCCGCAUGUUGAGUGUUCUGAGCGAGCGACCGACGAUUGAUGCGAUUGAGAUUAUCCAUCUCCUGUCGUUCUACUCCCUCGCCCUCAACAGGCGAUACACCUCCUACAUCCUGGCGGGCAUGGCCGUGCGCAUGGCGGUCCUCAUCGGGCUGCACCUCAACAUCCCGGCCGCGCAACUACCGGAUGCCGCGGUCCGUGAGCACCGCAACCGGCUCUGGGCGACGACUUGCAUUUUCGAUCGCAUGUGGGCUUCCAAGCUGGGCCAGCCGGCAGCUAUUGGCGACCGCGACAUCAUGGUCGAUCCUCCCUCGAACGCCAGCGUCGACGCUGCUGUCGCUGGCGACUUUGGUGACUGCGCGUAUUACAUUGCCAGCUCGCGUCUCGCCAGCAUCACCAGCACCAUGGUUCGGUGCAUCUACAACACGCGGGAUCAGAGCACCACGCUCUCGAGCCGCGUGCAGCAGACGCUCAAGGACCUUCGUGAGUGGGUGCAAGAGCUGCCAAGCCACCUUCAUCUCGAUGCGGCGCCGCACAGCGAGGCCGCGUACAAGCCAACGCCUCUUCAUCUGUCGUUCAACCAGUCGGCGAUCCUGGCGACGAGGCCCAUCCUACUGCAUGUACUGAAGACGCACGCUGCCGCAUGGCCGGCGCCGGCUGGCGCGAUGCCCGUGCCGGCGUCGGCCAUGACGAUCGUGGCUGCUUGCGUACGAUGCGCUCGCCACUCUCUGCAUCUGUUGACAGAGUGCUGGAUCGACGGCUCGUUCGCGACGUUUGACUACUUCUACACUUCGUAUCUCUUCUCGGCGUUGACAGUGCUCGCCGUGUCGAGCCUUCUCGACGGGCCCGACGCUGCCGCCGAUCGAGAGCAGUUCGAUUCGGCGUCUGGGUUGCUGGCGCAGCUUGCGGAUGGUGGCAACUUUGCAGCGAAAGAGGACAUGAAGCACGUGGAUGCCAUGAAGGCGGCUGUCACGGCGGCUGCAUCGAAGAAGAGAGGCGUCGUGGGCCUCGAGGCCACAACGGGCCUCGGUGAUUUCGCCGGCGUCAUGUCGCCCGCGGCGUGGGCGUCCUCGACGACGACGGCGGUCCAGGGUAUGGCGACGGCCGGCAUGGCACUGACGGAGCCCUCACUGCAGGAGCUGCUGGCCGAGCCGUUCCUCGACAUGCAGUUCAUUGACGCGUCGGUGUAUGACGAUUAUUCGCAGGGGCUCUACUGGCCCGACUUUAGCACCGAGAACUGGACGCCGGAGACCUGGGUUCCCGGCAGUUGA